UUCUUCUGUCAGAUUACCGUAAUGACUGCUUGUGUAGUGCAAGUAGAAAUUUUACAGUGCAAAUCGGUUAGUGUCUCCAUUCAUUGGCAGCGAGAAUAAACAUUCACACACAUAAACUGAGCCCUCUGUAUUGUAUUAUUAGUAACGUUUAAGUCAGGUAUUCACUAAAAUAUUUCUAUUUUAUUUAUAUAGCGCUUUUCACUAUUGUUUAAUAGUCUCAAAACUGAUCUGAGCAUGUUUAUGUAGUAUUAUUCAAGAACCCCCGACUAUAUUAAAGUUUGGCCGGUUGGACUACAGACCUCUACUUCCCAGUUGAACUCCACCCACAGAAAUACACCAGUAACAUGAUGUUAUAUUGAGCACCUUGAAGACAAUCAAAGCUUUAAAAACACAUGAAAAACGGGACCUUUAAAACAACCAAAAUUAUGAGGCUUAUAAUUUGUGUCAACGUAUGUUUUUAAAUUAAAAUGGGUUAUUUUUUCUAAGUUUAAGCAAGUCUAGUCACUAGUCAAGAUAGCUUUAAGCUAGUCAACCUUUUUUAUCAACAUAUAAAGAAACAAAAAAAGAAUAUUAUGAAAGUGAAUGGGGCUCAUGAACGUUUAGGUUACAAACAUUCCUUUAAAUAUCUUCUUUUCUGUUCAUCAGAACCAAGUAAUUUAUACAGGUUUGUAACAACAGAGUGAGUAAAUAAUGAGAAUUUUUUUUUUGGAUGAACUAUCCCUUUAAAGCGUAACUAAACCCCUGGUCAGAGGCUGACUCCACCCACUGCAAUAUUUGAAAAAUGCAAGAAAAGUGGGCAGAUCCCAACGGAGAUAGAGGGGACGAACUAAGCUCGUAUCAAGUGUGUGGUGAGAUCGUAACAAGGGCGUGGUGAGCUUGAACCUGCUUACGUCACGAGUCAUUUCUUGGACCCAACAUCCAAUAGGAAAAUUCAACUGCAGUAGCCACCGUUCAACCUCAAGAAGGCAGCACUCAGACGUUUUUACACCAUAUAUUGUAGUAUUGAAACACUUUAUAUCCAAAUGUCAAAAAACUUACUAAAAUCAAUGAACAGCACUAAUAAAGCAUCAUUCUUACAGAUCAUUAACUAAAAAAAGUUGGUUUGGGGUUUAGUUACUCUUUAAAGGCCCUCCAAAUCUGUUUGCUUGCUUUAUUCUGGUUAUUACGGUAGACCAGCGCAUGCGCAGAACGCGACAUCCGGAAAUAAUAUUGUAGGCGAGAAUUAAAAGCUCUUGAGUUGAGGGAUGGUGAAGACGCGGUGCAGCCGAUGAGGCGUAAAGACUCUUUAAACAUGAACACGGACCUGUUUUAACUCGGGACGAUAUUGUCGCGGUCACCAGAAUCUCAAUCUUUUAAGGGUUUAAAUUUUCAGGUUGCAAGCUUGAAGAGGAAAGCUUGAAACACUGGAACACGGUUGGGUGCAAAGUUGUGUUACUUUGGAUGACAGCCGAUGCCAUAAUUCUGUAACAGUUGAUAACAGUUUAUUUGUACCACAUACUCAUAUCAAUUUGGCAUUUGACUUCAAAGGAUGGUAAUGACAUUAAGUUUGUCUGAUCUUCAUUGCAAAAGACAGCUUUGUUACUGAAGUGUUUUUUUUUUUUAGUUGGUAAAAACUAAAUUGCUUGUUACAUCUCGUUAGCACCGCGUAUGUGUGCACCUGAACAGUAUUGAAACCAUGGCGGAAUCGGUGAAGACCUUUCAAGCCCACCUGACCGCUGUCAUGGAUAGUUUGGUUCGCGCAUCCGUGUGCGAGAUCACCAAACUCUUCCAGGACACAGUGAACGACUAUCUGGUGGAAAUCUCACUUAACAGAAAAGAAAACGAAGCCCUUAAACUGAGACUGAGAUUGACCGAGAAUAAACUGAGAAAUGAGCGCAAAUACGGCAUGUGUUGGGCGGCCAGUCGGCGCGCUGCCGGUCUACUUGGCACGGAGGACGCAGCGCGCAAGACGCGCAGAAUGGAUCUCCUGAGAGGCAAGCAGAGGAAGGAGUGGUGUGCUGAUGCAUGGGAGGAGGGGACUGCAGGAGCGAGGGAUGAGAGGAGGGACGUGUUCCGUGUCCAUCUGCCAACAGGAGGAGUUGGAGCGGGGGAGGAGGAAAGGAUGUGCGCUUCUGGCGAGAUGAAGGAGGUGCCCAGCAUUAAGGAGGAGGUGAGCAGCCAAUCAGAGGUGGAGAGCUACAGACCUUCAGACUCCUUGAGACUCUUGCAAGAGGCCCUACAGAUGAACCAAAGUGAAACCAGCCCUCGCACAUCCACUCCCACUCACGGCGCCUCCUCCACCUGUCCUGAAUCUGCUGCUGCUGCUGCAGGGGGUUGGGAGGAGCAGGCGCUGCCUCCGUCAGAGGAACAAAUGACCAGCGGAGACGAGCUCAGCGGACUGGAGACCGCCCUGAAAGCCGAAUGUGAAAGAGAGGAGGCGGAGUCUGGCCUGGGCAGCGACUCUCACGAGGCUUUGGGUACCGGGGUCGCGUUCAUCGGACUGGACGGGCAGUGCAGCUCUCAGCGGGCUGCGUCGACUUCAUCGCAUAGAUCGGAGCCUCCCGAACUACGCCUCCCGUUGGCCCCUACCGACAAGGAAGAGCGAGACGGGUCAGGGGUAGAUUGCGGAGACGUCCUGCAUUUCUGCCAGCGGUGCGGUUGCGGCUUCAAUUCCGCCUCUGACCUGGCAGAGCACUCGUGCCCCGGAGCCGAGGAACAGCUCUAUCGGUGCUCCGAUUGCGGGAGAGCGUUCGGCCACUCCUGGAGCCUUAAGAGCCACGAAUGCGUGCAGGCGGGAGAACAGGCGCAUCGCUGCGAGCUUUGCGGCAAACGCUUCACGCACUCGCGCUCCCUCGAGCGGCACCAGUUGGUUCACACGGGCGAGCGUCCCCACAGAUGCCCGCAGUGCGGCCGGAGCUUCAGUCGUCUCGGGAACCUGGAGAGGCACCAGCGCAUCCACACGGGCGAAAGGCCGUACGAGUGCAGCGUGUGUGGGAAACGGUUCAGUCGAGUGGAGUACCUGAAACGACAUCAGCAGAUCCACGCCGGAGAACGAGCCGAGCGAAACUCCCACCACUGCUCUCAGUGCAACCAGACUUUCAUCGACACCGAGCAGUUCAAACAGCACGCGUGUCCGUACAACCUUUGAUGUUUUCGUUCGUGUGAUUCGUUGUUCCUCUACAUCUUCGAUAACUAGUCAGACCUGGAGCUUUAUAAUCUCUGUUAAAAAUACGAGUCUGUCAUCAUUUAUUUUUCCUUCUGCUAAACUGGUAUGAGAUUUCUCUUCACUGAGAGAUUUUAAAGAGGCUUUUUCUUUCUUCCCUAUAUGAUGAAUAUAAAUGGAGGCAAUAAGUCGGUCUUUUCUUGUUCAUACAGGUUUGAUAGUGUUGUGAAAUGAUGAAUUAUGCUUUAUAAGAUUUGGCACACAUCUUCUGCACACGUCUUCAUCAUUAAUGACCCAAACAUGAUGUGAUAUAAAACCCUUUAACCUUAAAAGCAAAGCACACUUUAUUGACACUGGUAUUUCAUGUUUAUAUCAUCAUUAUUAAUAAUCUGUAUGUAAAUAGUUCAUUUAGAUGAUAUUUUAUUUAUAUUAGCUACACAACACCUUUAAAGAAUGUAUUCAUGUAAACAACUCAAUAUUUGUUUAAUCUCAAGCUGUCUAUAACAUUUUGAUUUAGACUUCUUUUUUUUUCAUUUGAUUCAGAAUUUCUAGUAGAUUUUAUUUUGACAUUUCACCACCUUAUAAUGAUAAACUUCUGUCUGCAUUCUGAGAUAUUCAGCUUUUUGCUGUUCAUUCCACUUUGAUAAAACCUAAAAAAAACUUCACACAAUAAUAUGUAAAUAAAUAAAAAUAAUUAAAUACAUGUAAAUAAGAAUAUGUGAAUAACUCAGUUUUAACAUAAAUGUCAGCUAUAGAAGCGUAUCAUUUCAAGCUGGUGAUUUAUCUUUGAUGUGUUUAUUCAUGAAGUAUGAGUUUAUUUAUAAUCCCACACACGUUACUUCUGCUCUAUCACUCAACAGAGUUAAAGUGAAAUAUUUGUUGACAGUAUUGAUUUUGGUCUUUAUUUAUACAUGUUGUAUUUUACUUUUAUAGUUAUUCAACAGUUUCAUUACCAUAUGGAGAAAUAUGGUAAAUGUAAAUAAAUUAAUUCCAAAUGUU